GAGCUGAUCUACCUGGGAUGGCAUCAUUUAUGAGCUCUUUUCUUCCAGAAUUGAAGCUGAGAAAUGAUCAAAAGUGUCUUUGCAGCACCUCUUGCUCCCAGCUGCUUUCCAUGGUGGCUCAGCACUCUUUAGCUUUAAAUCAAGGUUUCCAAGAUGCUGUAGCAAAUUUAGUGUUAAAGCAUCAGGAUCUUCUCUCCUACAGCGCGUCUGAUCCUGCAAUGCAAGAUCCCUUGGAAAUGAAUGGGCUGACUGGAUUUCAGUGCAGGACCUGAGACUGUAUUGUGUAAAUCCAUCAAUAGAAGUAAUCAAGUACAUUACACAAGGUUCGUUUAAUGCACUCUUACUGUCAUGUCUCUUUAUUCUGCUUGGGCUUCUUGCAAUUCAAGUGCACCAGAGUAAAUUUCUUAAACUCUAUGGCUUUGUACAAUUCUCCCUAUUCCCUUACAUCAUGUUUUGUUCUACUGAUUUGUUUCCAGGAGGUUGUAAUUGGGAAGAAAAUUAUCUCUUUUUUUUUUUUUUUUGGAGAUUUUAUGCUGUUUUUGGAACUUCUGAUGGUGGUGUGGGUUUGAAUCAUAGACAGGGUGCAAGGGAUGGGAGAAUGGAAUGAGAUGCAGCAAUCAUGGGGCUGUUCCGGGGUCAGGACCUGGAUCUCUUCCACCUUCCUUGACUACUUCCAUCUUCCUUGUGCUGCCAGGGCCAGGAUUUGCUCUUGCUUAGCCAGUCCAACUGGGUUCAGUAUCCACGGUACUUCCUUCUGGAACAGGGUGGUCAGCCAGUUGUCUUAAAUCAACACGCUGUUUUUCUUCUUAAGCAGAAUAGAGCUUUUUGUGGAAAAGAUGAUUGUGAAAACAAAACCUGUCUAAAGAUACACCUUCUCUACCACUCUGUGGCUGAUUAAUGGGAAGACACCUCAGUAACCAAGAAUGCCUUUUGUUUUUUGUUCUCCAAAUAGGAUUCUAUGCAAUUUUCAACUGCCAUAUCACUUCUCAACUGCCAUAUAAUUACUGGCUUUUUCCAUUGUAGUUCUUUAUUUACCAAGACAUACCAUAUCAGGAUAGUUCUCUUUUCUUCCUUUUGUCCUUUCCCUAAUUCUAUGCCUGAAUAUGCUUACAGAAACCAUGUCAUGAUUCAAGUCAACACACAGCUCUUUAGAUCUUCCAUUAACCAUCUGUGUGACCUCAGGCAGUUUUUUAUUUCAAAUUCACUGCUGUGAAUCUGCGUGUGAUCUAAUUUUUUGAGUUGAAAAGAAAUGUUAGGGAUGACCACACACCAAAUUAGGACUUUCUAUUCACUCGGCAUUGGCUUCAGUUUUAAACACCAGCAAAUAUUCUGAUUUGGGAAGUGUGGCAGCAAUUUAUUAUGAGGAUUUAUACUUGAGCUGAGCUGUGUUGGUGCCUCUGGCCAAAUGCAUAUGCAAUGCAAAAGUAGUUUGUUUUUUUUUUUUCUUCUUCAGAUGGUGCUGACCUGCCCCUCCUGUGGCUCUGGUUUGCUGGGCUGCCAUUUAUCCACAUCCUUCAAACCUUGUAAAUGGCUUUUCUCUCACACUUCUUCCUUUUUUUCCUAGAUAAUAGUGUGCCUGGCUACUUCCCAUGUAGUCACAUUCUGAAACAUUGACGUCAUCUUUAUUUUCUUCUCUUGCAUCUACUAAGAAACUCUGUCCAAUGGAACAGCAACCUUCAUAUUUCAUCACUUCUUUGGGAGAGGCCUAAGCAGGGCUGCUUGGUUUCCCAAGUGUCUGGUGGGUUGAGAAAAGGUUUUUCAGCAGUAAAACUGCUCUUUAUUCCAAAGAAAACUGGAAGAGACGGGAGGGAUGAGGAUUCUGCAAUAAGGUUUUCUACGUGACCUGUAAGAGCAAAUUGUAAAUCUUUCAACAGAGCCUCAAGCCUAAUGUUUUUCAAGCUCGUCUGAAUGCUUACUAUUUAGGUUCAUAUAGGACUGCUUUAAUAUAAACAGUCCACCUUCCAGAGGUUCUGACUGACCCAGUCUUUCCAUUGUCUGCUGGGGACAAAACAACUUAAAAUCCUUUCAGCUUUUUUUGAUAUAUGAAGUGGUAUUAAUGGUAUGCUAGAGUGAUACUCUGUCUUACGAACCAUUCUAAAUAUGGCAAGGAUUCCCCUGUCUAUGUGUAAGGGAAAAUGAAACGAUCCGUUUGUAAUUUUCUUACCUUGACAAAAUGCAGGGAGUGACUCAAAUAUGUCCCAUCCUUAUGGAAAUUAAUUGUGUUAAUGGGAUGAUUAGAAUUUAAAGCUACUGUCAUCAGACUGGUUUUUGUGGCUAAUGAUGGUCCUUGGGAAGAUUAUGUCAUAAUGAAGGCGGAGAACCUGGUCAUCUAUAUAUAUGUGAUCUGACCUGAGCCUUUUCUUUGGGUUUCAUUGAGCAAUGCGCUAAUAGAGGCAACGUAGGCAAACAGCUGCCACCCUCACCAUGAAAAUAGAAGGUGCUUCGGUGGUCCUUGCUCUGGCUUUUUUCUGCUUCUUCUCAGAUGUUGCCAGCCAAGCUUCAAUUAAGGACCUCGAUGGCCUCCGAGAGAGCCCUCCGCUGACCGUCCUCCUCCGUGCAUUUCAAAACGAGUGCAUGAAAAUCUGGUCCCUCCUUCGCAGUGGGAAGUUCUCCUGUCACACCAACAGGCAGCCCAUCAGAGGACCCGAUGGCAGGAGGGACCUCAACAAAUGCCUGAUGUGCCAGCGGCUGCUGGAAAGAUACUCAAGAAACAAAGGGAGUGGUGAAGAAGCAAACAGGAACGUGAAUUCUGGAGAGGACGAGUGCCGGGAGUUCCGGGAUCUGUUCAAGAAUGGGAAGCUUUCCUGCACCAGAGAGAAUGAUCCCGUCCGGGAUUCCUCGGGGAAGCAGCACAGCAAUAAGUGCAUCAUGUGUGCAGAGAAGUUCAAAAGGGAGAAUGAACAGAAGGCAACGUCAGCCAGAGGGAAACAAAAGGAUGACUGCAGUGAGUACCGUUCCCAGUUUGAGGCUGGUGGGCGGCUGUCCUGCACGAGGGAGAAUGACCCCGUCCGGGAUUCCUCUGGCAAGCAGCACACCAACAAGUGCCUCAUGUGUGCUGAGAAGCUCAAAAAGGAAGCUCAAAGAGGAGGUCAGUCUGGUGGAACUACCCAGCGCAACAAACAGUCUACUGCAGAGUGUGCAAACCAGAAGAGCUGCAGUGGUUCAGGGUUACAGCAGGGUGAUGGACAGCCAUUCUCCACAAACAGAGGCCCACAAGGAAACCCAGCUCAGGACUGCAGCCCGGCACCUGGCCGCCAGGGACAGAGCGGAGGCACCAACACCUACCAGCCGCUGGACUGUGAUCGAAUUCUGCACGGGGUAAAGGGUGGAAGGAUUUUCUGCAGUGAAUCCUCACAACCCGUCUGUGGCACUGAUGGGAAAACAUACAAAAAUGAAUGUGACUUGUGUUCAGCUGCCAUGAGAGCAUCAGUCUACAUCACAGUAAACUAUCGAGGUGAAUGCCGAAAGACUGUCCCUGAAAUGAAAUAAUGGAGUUCAGACUGCCAGCAAAUACCAGGGAUCAGCUGUGACCAAAGGACAAGUAAAGGAAGAUCUGAUGUCAGGCACCAGGGAAGCUGCUGAGUUCCCAGUGCUGUUGGAUCCACCUUCAUCUCCUUCUGCAGCCAACGGGUCUGUCCUUGCUCAGGUGGAGGGUGAAGGGCUGUGGGGACCCAGUGGUGGCUUCCCACGUUGGCCCCACGCAUGUUGUUGUAGUCGCUGCUCGGCUCGGGCUCCGCCACCUCGCUGUGUCUUAGCAUGUUUCUACAAUAAAGAUAACUCCACAGCAUCCUGUUGCUUUUCUUCACUGAGCCUCACGGGAGGGAUGUGCGAGUCCCCAGUCCGGCUGCUUGCCACGCAUCCCUUGAGCACUAAGCACCAAACCCAAGCGAAGAUGUCAGGCACAGAGAAGAAGAAUGCGGCCUGGGUUCUGUUAGCAGGGACCAGCAGUUGGGUUCUCUGGCUUGCUGUAGAGCCUUGGGUGUAUCUCUUUGUCUCCCUUCAGCCCUUUUCUCUUGCCUGUAAAAACGGACAUUAAAAGAUGCUUACCUACCU